AUACUUUUCUCAGAUAUGAUGUUCAUCACUGAAUGUGAUUCAUUGCCGUAUUCAUUCUGCUACAAUGUGUUGUGUGUUGUUGUGUCACUGUUGUAUCUCUGGCUGCUGUGGACAGGCUUGCACACCUAUACGUUUGUCGGCAUCGUCGAUUGUGAUACAGCUGUCCUCCCAUCUUGUCAGCACCCCACUUGGACCAUGUACUUUUACAUGGCUUCGAUCUGAAGUUCGAACAAGCCAUCCGAUGCACCUGGAACUUCGACGUCCCUGCUCACGCCUGUGACUGUGUGCGGCAACCGAAUAGGGACCAGUUGUCUGGAUGGGUUCUCGAGAUGAAAUGGAGAAAGCCUUCGACAGCUCAAUGUAGUUGUACAUCUAUUGCAUACUCCCCCUGAAUAAACUUUGCAUUGCUG